UAGUUUUUAAUCCAGGCCAUCAUGACUCUAUCAUGAAAUCCUCUAUCAACAUCUCAAAACCAGUGUUUUAGAUAUAGGGGUCUCCUCUGUUCUUCAACUUCCACCGUUUCCAUGACAGCCAUUGUUCAAAUCUCCAUCAAUUCCUUAGCUUUCAGGUUGAGCAGUUUGCGAAAUGACACAUACAACAAACCCAUCAAGUAUUGCUCUCUACCCAGAACAAAGACUGCUUCUUUGAAGCUCAACAGGUUAAAGUUGAGGGCUUUUUGGGAGGGAGGGUCUAUCAGUGGAGAUGGGAUUUUGGUGAAAGAUGAGGGGUGGAAUAGGAAGAAGAAAAGAGAGGUUGUGGUGAGGUUUAAUCAGGGGUUUGGGUUUAAUGGUGGAGGUGGUGGUGGGAAAGAUGAUGGAACUACUGCUAGGGUGUUGGGUAAUAUAGCUGUGGCUAUUGGGUUGACUUAUCUUUCAUUUACUGGGCAGCUUGGUUGGCUUUUGGAUGCUAUUGUUUCCAUUUGGCUCAUAGCAUUUCUUGUGCCAAUUGUUGGUUUGGGUGCUUUUCUGUGGUGGGCAGGACGGGAUAUGGUUCAAGACAGUUGCCCAAACUGCGGAAAUGAUUUUCAGAUUUUCAAAUCUACUUUAAAUGAUGGUAUGCAGCAGUGCCCCUACUGUAGUCAGCCAUUCUCUGUGGUGGACAACAAGUUUGUAAUGGACCCAGUGAAUUUCUCUAAUCGAUCUACAACAUUUGGCCAGGCAUUUAAUGACUACACACGUUCAAAAACAGGGAAGAAGGAUUCUUCUACGGCAGUUGUUGAUGUUGAAGCAGAAGUAACGGAUGCAGACUGAGAUUGCUUGGAAUAAGAACUGUUGAUGAAAAAUGGUGGAAAACUAGUGAUGCUUAAAAGAUAAUCUAGUAUUACUCAUAGAUAAUGAAAACGAUGAUAUAAGAUAGAGUGAGAAAUAUUUCCUAGAAAAUUUGGAAAUAGGGUUGUAAUCACCGACUUGUCUACAAUGGUAAUAUGAUGUUAAAUUGGGGAUAUGGUCGAAGAAGAAUACUAAUCCCGCAGAACCUUUUGGUAGUGAACUGGCCGGAGGGAUAUCAGAACUGACAAAAUUAGCAUCACAAUUGUACAUCAUGUUUUGGAUUUUACGUCAUGCCUUGUAUAUUAUUUCUUGAUGUAAAUUAUUUCACUUCUGUUUAUAUAUACUUUAUAAUCA